UUUUCUUCCUUCAUUCCACUUUCCACCGCCCUCUCCCCUUCUCUCCGUGUCGCACUUCCAAAGUCAAGCUCCAUAUCCAUUUUGGCAGCCAGCCGCGCUCAUUCGCAGCGCCAUGCCAGGCUAGCACACCAUAGUCUCUGCCGACGGCACUUGGUCGCGACUCGCCAGUUGCCGACGCAAUGGAGUACAAUCACAUGCCGCUCCGCUCGCACGAAAACAGCACACCUGGGGGCCAUCUGCACCACCCGAAGCAUAAGCUGCAAACCUCAUCCGACCCGGCGUCGCUGUACGACGACAAGAGGCAAAGCCAACUGCAAUUGUCGUCCUACCCGCCGCCCUCUUACGCCCAGGCUCACGACGCCGCCUCUCUGUCCUUCCCCGACGCCCCCACCACUGAGUUGGCACCAAUCCAACCUCAUGGCGGCGACCACAACAGCACCCUCCCUUCCCUGUCGUCCUUGACAGCACCGCAGCCCCAGCCAUACACGUCUCCCAAGUCGACCGAGCCUUCUUCCUGUUCCCCUCCACCCGCUGGCGUCAACCGCUGGCCGAGCCUAAAUCCGCUGACCGCCUUCUACGAACCCGGCCAUGCCCAGCCCGCCGACGCUGCACAACAGAGAAUGGAUGUCGAUGCGACCAGCACCAGCACCAUGAGUGUCGCAUCUCCGGAUCGCUUCUACGAGGGCAGGGCCAGCACCAUCAGCCUCGAUGACCCCGACGUGCGAAUAGCCGCCGAGGCUCUCGGAGAUCUACGCGCCGACUUUGUCUCUUCUCCUCCCAGCGGACACACACCGCUUCCUCUAAACUCCCCCUCCCGCUUGUCCCCGCAGGCCAUGGGCCCGGAGCCACUCCUAUCGCUUCUUACCACCUCCCAUCCACUAUUGGCCACCACCAUCGAAGGAGCCACCUCGGCAUAUAACAACUCGAAGAACUUUUCUCCCACCUUCAAGACCAGCGCGGAAUACGUCGAGGGAUACCUCGGUCCCAUCGCAAACACGGUCGGUACCGUCGGCCGGAAAACCGGCGUGGAGGGUGGCGUGCGAUGGUUCCUCGGCGCCGGUCGAAGGCAUGAAUCCUCUACAUCGGACCUGGAGGCUGGCGACGGAGGGUCCAAUAAGAGGCGCAAGGUCGACAGCUCCGAUCGAGACGCGGCUCUUGAAGCCGUCGCAGAUAAAGCUGAUGAUAUGUAUGGAUUCACUCGGGACAGGCGGACUUCGAUGAGCACCGUCGAUACAUUACCGGCCUACGACGAGUUCCGGUCUCCUGCGUACAGCGAAACCGUCGUCGAUGGACAAAACCGGGUGACGUCGAGGCCGGGUUCUGGUGCCUCGGCUGCGUGGCAGCAUCGCAUAAUCAUGUCCACCUCCGGCCUGAGCAUUGCGAUGAGGGACGAGAGCCUGCGGAGCCUUAAAUACUGCUUGCGCUGGCUGCGCUGGGCGAAUGAGCACAUAUCAGCCGUCAUCACGGCGCUCAAGACAGCUCUGGACGAGUACGAUGGUUCUGGUUCUACCGAACGGCGUGGAUCGCAAGAUUCCGCAGUAGCCCAAGGAUCAGAUCAUACAAUGGCCGGCACAACCUCGAUACCAACUGCCGAGGCUGGGGUAUCCCAACAAGACCGAAACGAGCUUGCCGCUCGUAUCGCCGCCCUUAGGAGCGACGUCCUGAAGACACUACGCGGCGUGAUCGACACCGUAUCCAAGUAUGCCGGCGGUGCCUUGCCGGAUAACGCACGGGCGCUUGUCCACCGCCACCUCAUCAGCCUGCCCCGGAGGUUCUGGCUUGCUUCGAUGCAGGAUGCUCCGGCGCGGGAGCACGGAGAUGGAGCCCAGGAGAAGGAAGUUCGGGAAGGCGCAAAGAGAGCCCUGGUGCUUGCCAAGGAAGGGUUGGAUAUGGUUUCCCAGGUGACCGGAGUGGUCGACGGGACCAUCGUCAGCGCCGAGGAGUGGUGCAAUCGACUCGGGAGGAAGAAGGAUGGCGGAUCAGAUGCCGAACCCACCGCCGACGGGUCGGCGCCACAACAGCUGACGGGCGUCGGCGUUGAUAGGGACGUGACCAUGGGCUGAUGUGUUCAGCUUUUAUUUAUUUUGCCCACGACAUACCAACCUGGCAAACGGAAUUAUGGGCGAGAAGCAGAGGACUUGCCAGAGGA